CGCCCGGCCGCUAGUCCCCGGCCCCGUCCGCGGCCCCUCAACAGCGCCGUCCGCGGCAGGUCCCGCCCGGGGAGGCGGCGGUGGGGAAAGGGGGAGGAGAGGCGGCGGAGUGCAUUGCCUCCCGAGGAAUCAAAAGGAGGGAGAGGAACGUGCGGAGGAGGGGAAGACGGGCCGGGCCGGCCUGGGCUGGGGAGGGUCUCCGUCCCGCCCGCCUCGGAGCGCCCGCGUCGCCUUCGCGCCGGGAGAGUCGCUUGGGGCAGCCGCCACCCGCCGGCCCCACGCCCCGGCUCCGCGCCCAUGUGCUCCUGGCAGCCGCGACGGGCAAACCUCGCGCACGGCGUGUCAGGACCUUUGACUUCAUGAUGGGAGGAAACAUCCCCCUGGCUGUAAGGAUCCGAGCUUCUCCCAGCGCGAGGAUUUGUCAAGGCUGAGAGACUUCGGAUUAUCCAUAAACAGCUCUAAAACACACAGCUGCUUUUCUGUCUCCCCAUCACGAGGGGUCUUGGAGGAAAUACAGAGAUGGCCUCCAGCCUCACCUGUGCCGGUGUUGUCUGGGCCUUCCUCUCCUUCCUCUGUGCCGCUGCCUCCUGCGUGGGUUUCUUCAUGCCCUACUGGCUCCUGGGGUCUCAGCUGGAGAAAUCGGUUUCGUUCGGCACUUUCCGGAGGUGUUCCUACCCAGUGCGGGAUGAGAGCCGCCAGACAACCGUGAUGGUGGAGCAGUGCGGCCGCUAUGCCUCCUUCCAGGCCAUCCCGAGUGCCGAGUGGAGGAUCUGCACGGUGGUGACGGGCCUGGGCUGUGGGCUGCUCCUCUUGGUGGCCCUCACAGCACUCAUGGGAUGCUGUGUGUCCGAGCUCAUCUCCAGGACCGUGGGCAGGGUGGCAGGAGGCAUCCAGUUCCUGGGGGGUUUGUUGAUUGGCUCUGGUUGUGCCCUCUAUCCUCUUGGCUGGGACAGUGAAGAAGUCAGACAAACCUGUGGUAACCUUUCCAACCAGUUUGAACUAGGGACCUGCCACAUCGGCUGGGCCUACUACUGCACGGGUGGUGGUGCGGCGGCAGCCAUGCUGGUGUGCACCUGGCUGGCCUGCUUCUCGGGUAAGAAGCAGAAGCAGUACCCCUACUGAGCAGCCCCAGCCGCAGGCGCUACCAGGCGCCACAGGGGCUUGCUGACUCCUCUGGAUAACCACAGUGGACAAGACGUUUUCAAGUGCUUUCUCUCUGGAGUGGGUAUGGGCAGGGUGGCGGGUGGCCCCAGGGAGGGCAGGGAGGUUACUGGCACUGCAGAGCCACCCAUCCGGGCUGGACAGGGAUGGGCUUUCUCACCCAUGCUUGUGGUUUGCUCUGCAAGGAAAACUCCGCUUUGGUAAAUGGUGAAAUCCUGCGUGCACCAAUUAAUUGAGAGGUGGGAUGGCGGUGCCCAGAGGCUGGGGUAUCAGCCCCUUGGUGCGGCGCUCCCAAAAGCACACAUGCACGCACAGACAUUGACCAUGGCACAAAAUGAGCAGAGAGGAUCUUUUGGUGUGAUUCUCCUUUCUUUUCCAUUUUUUAUUUUUUUUUUUACACUUCUCUCUGGUGGUUUAAAAUUCAGUGUUGCAACACUUUUUAAUCUGUACAUAAAACUUAAUAAAAGGACCAGUAAGCCACUUUAUCAGUAUUUUGUAUAUUCUCUACGCAUUUUUUCUCCCCAAACAUUUAGCCAUUGCUUAUUCAGCCCUAUAUAACUUUUACUAAGCCUGUGUUUUCAGCAUUAUUACAAAAAUGCAACAUAAUCACUUGGCAUAUGUAGCGUUUCCCUAUAGUACUUUUAGGGAGUGAAGUAAAUGGACGUUUUUCCGUCCAUUGGAAAUUCCACUCACGGUACUGUAGAGCUCUGUUGGUUAUAUACAACUAACAGGAAACUUCUUCCAGACAUAGAUUUCUGUUGCAGUUAUGUUUAGCUCAUUGAUGUUGUAUUGUGCUGUACCAUGUUUAUUAUUUCCAUAUUCAUUUUUGUAAAAUAUAUAUAUAUAUUAUAUGUGCUAUUUUAUGUUUGUAUUUGAAAAAUCCCUGUAAAUAAAUAUUUCCUUGAUCAAUA